AUCACUAUGUGGAUGGCCUCUUUAAACCCCUGCUACAUGCUGGCUCCAGAGAUCAUAUGUCAGUUAUGGAAAGUGAGGCAAGCCUGACUGGGCGUAUGAAAGGAGGUGGGAAAAUGCAUCAAGGAGUCUAUUCAGGUUACCCAGGAAUGAUGAACAUGCCAGCUUAUCCUUCUGUGCCAGUUGUGGGAGGAAUGAUGCCAGCCACCAUGCCAGGAAUGCCAGGAAUGCCAGGAAUGCCAGGAAUGGGAUCAGUGCCAGCUAUGAUGAUGACUCAGCCCAUGAUGCCAUCAGUGGAUCCUAACCAGGCAGCCGUACAGCAACAGUCUGUCAUCAACCAACAAGCCUUACUUUUGGCUCAGCAGAUGACACUUCAAGCUAUGAAAAUUUCAGAACAGGAGCAUCAGCGGCAACAGAAGCAUAGAUCUCCCGAGUCUUCAAGCCCAAACCAAUUAUCUUCACAAAGAUCACAUGAAUAUUCAAGACAAAGACGAGCCUCACCACACAAUUUACCUGAAUUGUCAAGGCCAAGACGAGCAUCACCAAAGAGGAGGUCACCUGAACCUUCAAGACGAAGGCGAGUAUCAUCAGAAAGCUCACCUGAAUCUUCAAGUUCAAGACAAGUAUCACGAAGGAAGCAAUCACCUGAAUCUCCAAGGUCAAGACGAAUAUCACCAAAGAGGAGGUCACCUGAAUCAUCAAGGUCAAGACGAGUAUCACGAAGGAAGCAAUCACCUGAAUCUCCAAGGGCAAGACGAAUAUCACCAAAGAGGAGGUCACCUGAAUCAUCAAGGUCAAGACGAGUAUCACGAAGGAAGCAAUCACCUGAAUCUCCAAGGUCAAGACGAAUAUCACCAAAGAGGAGGUCACCUGAAUCAUCAAGGUCAAGACGAAUAUCACCAAAAACAAAGUCAUCUGAACCUUCAAGCCCAAAGGAAGCAUUACUGUUCAAGAAGUCUCCUAAACUUUCAAGAACAAAAAGAGCAUCAGUGCAGGAACAGCCUUCUGAAUCUUCAAGACCAAUACGAGAUUCUUCUUCUUCUCCUCCUCCUCCUCCUCCUCCUCUUCCAUCUCAGCCAGCCAAUGAUAUGAGUUCCAAGAGCAGCAACAAAGAUGAGCCAAUGUCUGACCCGCCAGAAUCUCCACUUCCAUCACGAGCACGGAUCAACAUCUUUGAAGAAACUUUCCCUGUAGACAUCAGAGUGGAUUCCCUCUCUCGAGGAACUUUUCAAAAGAAAGUUGAGUUCUUCCAGAAAAUGGGAUACCAAACAGUUCCAAUGAAGAAAGUAAUUUCCCCUUCAAAAAGACGUACAGUAAAAGAACAGUCAGAGGACCCAAGUGCCAGCCAAGAAUCAAAUUCAGGUUUGCCACCUCCUACACAAAUGGAAAAUGAUCAAGAGAAGAAAUUCCUGAAUAUGAAGCCUGAACAGCCUGAACCAAGCCAGGAGAUACGGAACAUUAUUAAAACCCACAAGAAUCGUCCAGUCCCACCACCAAAACCCAUCUUGCCUGUUAGAAACGUCUCUAAAUCUUUUAAGAAGUAUGACCCAAAGGACGAAGCUCUAGUAAAACUGGGACUUGUAGGAUUGGAUCAUUCAUUGCAGUCCUCUGGAAAAAUGAAACCAUCACCACCUCCACCACCAGUCAAACCAUCCAGUUCCAUCCAGGAAAAACAACUGGCUCUUAGGGAUGUUGUUGGUCAUCUUGGCUCAGUGCUUCCUCCUCCCCCUCCUGGGCCACCACCUUCCUUUCUUUCAGGUUCUGACACAGAUGAAACUGGCAUGGAAGAUUCAGCUAGGACAGUGUUGGAAGAAGCUAGUAUCAAAACCCAGCUCUUCAAUCUCUCUGCUAGUGUCAGCUUCUCCUACGCUAAUCCUACUUGGAAACUCUUCUUGCGGAAAGAGGUAUGUCAUGGCCCCACUUCCAAAGGCAUUGCUUUUCUGGUCAUGUUUAGUUGGCUUCAUCAUCUACAUCUGUAGUGAGGGCAUCUCCCA